AUGAAUACACGACUUUUAUUUUUUGUUUGUCUUUUUUCUUCUGCAGGGAAAAAGAGAAAAAUUGUGUUGCUGAAUUUUUCUUAUUUUAUUUUUAGGCAACCCGAUAAACGAUCUCUUCAUCUUUGGUAUCUCUAUCACGUUUUAGCAAGACUGUCGAUAUUAUCUAACAACAACAACAACAACAACAAUCAAUACACGCAUACAUUCAACAUCGUUACUCUUUUGGAAAUGGCGGAAAAGCACCAGCCGUCAAUGAAAACCUUUGAUUUGAAAGGUUCAAUUCCGUCUUACAAUGUCAAAUCUGCUAUUGUCGCAUGUACAGGAACUCCAUAUGUUUUCUUGUAUGGAGGGUUUGAUCAAGAUGAUGAGUUAGACAGUAAUGUAUAUCUAUUGGAUACUUCAACCAUGACUUGGGAAAUAGAUAAUAAAGUAGAAGGGUUAUUUAGAGAAGGACAUCUGGCUAUAUGUAUUGGAAAUGGAAAUGUGUUAGUAUUUGGGGGAUUGCCAUUUGAAGAUGAAGUUCCAACUACAGCAAGUGCCACUGGAGAAGUGAAAAAUGAUAGUCUUAUGAUGAUUUAUAACAUUUAUGAAAAAAAAUGGAUUGGUCCACCAUUGUUUGCCCUUGAAAAUAGUCCUAGUCCAAGAUCAAGACACGCGUGUUGUUUAAGUGAAGAUGGAACUAAGAUGUAUAUUAGUGGUGGAUUAGUGAAAUCAAGUCCAUUGAAUGAUUUGUAUAUUUAUGAUUUGGUGACUGGAAUUUGGCUGGGUCCAAUUGAGUUUGUACACAGAUUUGACCAUACUAUUUUGGUUUAUAAAGAUCGAAUUUUUUCAUUUGGUGGAUUGGACAAGGAUAUGAACCAUGUUCGAUCCAUUGUAUACUAUUCUUUAAGAACAGGUAGCAUUGGUGAAAUUUACUUGCAUUCAAAUGAUGCCAUUGGGGCUCUCAACGAAGUUUCUGUGUUGUCUAGCAAUAUUAACCCAAGUCUUUGUUUGAAAGUGAAUCUCCCAUCAUGGAAUAGUCCAAAAGAUCUGCUUAAGAUUUCUUGUUUCAAUCUUGAUAAUUUUGAUACAAUAGAGUUGUUGAACCAGAAAACUAUAGACUAUUAUUUUCAUGAUAUGGAUACCAUGAAAUGCAGCUGGAAAUCGGUGUUUGUGAAUCACAAUGGUAAGUUGUAUUUUUUGGGGAAACGAAAUGGCAAACUUGCCAACUCAUUUGGUGGGUAUCUAAGCACAGAAGACCAACAAGACAAAGAUGUGGAUGAAGAUGAAACUACCAAUUUCCCUAACGAAGAACUGCUAAUACAAAGAUUGAAUUUUAUGUUACAAAUAAACAUGAAUGAUUUCGGUAUUUCCAAUACUAUAGAUGAUUCACUAUCUAAGGACUUUUUAAAACUAUUAAUACAGCAGGAAUUUACAGAUUUUGAAAUAAUUUGCUUGGAAAACGAAGAAGCAAAACGGGUGUAUGAGAGUCAACCGCAGCAACUACCGUAUUCUACGAAGGAAAUACCGGUGCACAAAACCAUCUUGAUUGCACGAUGGCCACAUUUCCAUACAAUGUUAUCAUCGGGUAUGAAUGAAUCUAUUGAAAACAAAUUGUUUCUCCCCGAACCGUAUAUUCGAAUCAAGGCUUUAAUUUAUUACUUAUAUCUGGGCUCCAUUGAAUUUGAUAGUAAAUAUCUUGAAGACAUCACAAUGGUUGAUUAUACUGGGUUACUUGUAUUGGCAAACAUGUAUGCACUACGAGAUUUAGCAAGUUUGGUGACAAAGAAAUUAUUCCAUUUAUUUCAUACUUUUCAAUUUGAAUUCAAUGAUGAGACCGAAGAUGACGUUACUGUGUUGCUUAAAAUAUGGAAAGAACUAGCUCUUUCAGACGAAAGAAUAUUUUUAUCUCCUGUAAUUGAUUUAAUUAAGAAAAAAUGGUCUAUAAUUACAAGAUCUAAUUCAUUUUUAAAUUUAACAAAAGAUGAAAUUGUCAAAUUAUGUCAGGAUUCUACUGAUGAAAGAAGUAAUUCAACUCAUAAAUCUCCUUAUAGUUCGAUUCAUUCUGUUGAUACAACUGAUUUAAUUACAAUGACUCCUACAAGACAAACUCAUUCACCAUUUGUUAUUGAUUCACCAGCUAAUCAUUCUACGAUGUUUAACGACCUCUAA